AUCGCAAUGAAAUAAGAUAAAAAAAAGCAAACACUUCUUCAAAACCCUAAAAAUCAAAGCAAAGGUCCCAAACAAUAAGUCACAUAGAAACUUCCUGACGACAUGGUAUCUUGUAUUUUACCAUAUUAAAAUUAUGAUAGGAAUCAGAAAUCAGAGACUGUUUCAAUUUCUAUGAUCCCUCCAGAACAGGAUUCAUUAAUCGUCAGAAUAUGAGAUCAAUAUUGGGCAAUUUUGGUUUUAUCAAUAAAACUGUUAAAGACAUAGAAGAAGAAAUAAGAGAUGUUGUAGAAGAGUAUUGUCUCCUCCUAAUAUUAGAACUCGAGAUAGCUUUUCAUUGAAGGAUGUAAUAUAAUUGAUUUCCAGAAAGUGGUUUGAAAAUAAGGGCAGAGAUGAAGAAAUAGAUGAAAUCUAUGAAUUGUUUGUUAGAAAGUAAAAGUAACUAUUAAAUCAAGGGAUCGCAAAGUAGGAUUGGCUGAAAUAAAGAAUGUAUUUGCUCAAUAUCUUGACAUUCAAAUUAGUGAUGCUGACAUUCUCGAAUUCAUCUAGGAUGCAAGCAAAGAUAAAGAUGGUUUGACAAAGGAGGACAUCGCUGCUAAAAUGGGUUAUAUCUGAUAAUAAAAUUAUA